AUGAAUUUUACCAACAUGACUAGAGAAUUAGCUAAGUAUGAUAUCAUAUUAGGAUCCUCAUCUUCUAGAAGAUAUGACCUUUUAAAAGAUUAUCUAAAUAUUCAUGACAUAAAAGUGUUGAAGCCUUCUUUUGAAGAAGAUUUGGAUAAAAAUUUGUAUAAAGAUGAUCCAUUAAAGUAUGUUCAUGACACAUGCCGUUUAAAGGCCAAAAGUAUCCUUGAGGAAUACUACCCAGGAAGGUACAGUACGAAGGAACUUGGUGCAAUUAUAAUAUGUGCCGAUACUAUUGUUGUUGGUCCAGAGAAUCAGAUAUAUGAGAAGCCCAUUACGCAGGAGAAACAAUUAGAAUAUUUAACUAAGUUUUGUUAUAGCUAUGGAAAAAAAUGUGUUGGUGAUGAAUCUGUGAAAGUUAUUACAUCUGUGGCUUUGAUUAAGGAUUGUAAAGAUAUAGGAGAUAAGACGACUCUGGUUAUUCAUCAAUUUGAAGAGAUUACUAAGAUUUAUUUUGAUCCUGAUAUCCCAAUGGAUAUAAUUAAAACAUAUGUUGACUCCAAAGAUGGGUUACAUGUAGCAGGUGGUUUCAAAAUACAGGGAUCUUCUGCAGUUUUAAUAAAGGGGAUAGAAGGUGAUUAUUAUAACGUUGUUGGGUUACCUGUCAAUAAAACGUACAAGACAUUGUUACAUCUUAUAAACUAA